AUGGACCGUAUUCGAAGUCUCAUCGCCCGCCCAGCGGCGUAUGAGCGCCUUGAUGACUCCCAAGCAGAGGAUAAUAGCGACGAGGCGAGCUCUGCACCGCAACAACAACCACCUUUCUCAAAACUCCAAUAUGGCAUAUUCUUCCUCCUAGGAGUAUCAAUGCUAUGGGCCUGCCGGUUCCAAUCAGACGACUGGACAAGACUCCACUAUCAGCCCUCGAUUCUGUCCGUGUCAACAGUCACAAACCUAGCCACAGCAUACACCCUAGCAAAGCUCCAGAAGAACGCCUCAUACCCGUGGCGGGUAACGCUCUCACUAUUGAUGAACUGUGCCGUCUUCACGAUCCUGGCAUUUUCCGCUAUUGUCCUGACCGACUCAUCGCCGCGCAUGUACUUCGCAUUCUUGAUGGUUAUGGUUUUCGGCGCCAGUCUGGCAACGGGUAUUAAUCAGAAUGGUGUCUUUGCGUACGUCUCCAGCUUUGGCAGGGAUGAAUAUACACAGGCCAUUAUGGUUGGUCAGGGUGUUGCAGGUGUGUUACCGUGUAUUGUGCAGAUAUUAUCUGUGCUUUUUUGGCCACCGAUGGAUAAGCAUAAGGUUGGGAGCGUAGAUGGCCCGAGUAUGCCGGAGACUACGUCGUCGAGAUCGGCGUUUAUUUACUUUAUCACUUCUACAGGAGUCUCGGUUAUUGCGCUGCUGGCUUUUCUUUAUCUGCUGAGACAGCAGCCGUUCUCAAGGCAGAAGCUCAGAGAUGAUGAUGAGGCUAUUGAGGAGCGCUUGCAUUCAAAGACUGUCAGUUUGUGGACUUUGUUCACUAAGCUGCGGCUUUUGGCAUUUGCCGUCUUCGUUUGUUUCCUCAUUUCUAUGGUGUUUCCCGUAUACACGGCGGAGAUCCAGUCCGUCAAUGACCCUGCCAGCUCGCGGAUAUACGACUCAAGUGUCUUUGUUCCACUGGCGUUCCUAGUUUGGAAUUUGGGUGACUUGACCGGACGAAUGGGCGUUGCUAUUCCGGGUAUGUCCCUGGGACAGUAUCCUCAGAUGGCUGCAAUUGUGGCCAUUGCUCGUGUUAUGUUCAUCCCGAUUUACCAGCUCUGCAAUAUCAAUGGCCAUGGUGCUGUUGUCAAGAGUGAUAUCUUCUAUCUUGUGGUGCAGUUCCUCUUUGGUGCAACCAAUGGGUACCUUGGAACGAGUUGUAUGAUGGGUGCCAAUCACUGGGUUGUUGCUGAUGAACGGCCAGCUGCUGGUGGGUUCAUGAGCAUGGUUCUUGUUGGUGGACUGGCAGCUGGCAGCUUGUUGAGCUUUUCUGUUGCUAGAUGA